AUGGCUGAGGGGGAUGCAAAGUACCGUCUGACCGACCACGUAAAGCCAAUCCAUUAUGCACUCUGCGUUAAGACCGACUUGAAUGCUACCCCAGCCCCCCUCUUCGAAGGUACCGCCGAAAUAGAUCUAGCCAUUGUGCAAGAAACAGACCAGAUCACUUUCCAUGCUGCCCCAGCGCUUGAGAUCCUCAAAGUGGUCUACCAAUCCAAAGCCUCGAAUUCCUCAUCCCAGCCGCAAGUCGUCAAAUCCAUUGAGCGUGAUGAAAAGUUCGAAAGAUGUACGGUUAACAUCGGCCAAAAAUUACCUGCCGGGUCGGAGGCUAAGUUGGGGAUCGUUUACAAGGGCGUGCUCGAAGGUAGUAUGAUGGGUUACUAUCGUUCUACGUAUGAAUUCGAGGGAAAGAAAGGAUUCUAUGGCCUCACUCAAUUCGAACCCACUGCUGCUAGACGAGCUUUUCCCUGUUGGGAUGAGCCUGCAAUCAAGGCGACCGUCCAAGUGACUCAAAUCACGAGAGAAGGAACCACUGCUUUGACCAACACCUCCGAGAUUUCCAAGGAGCCUUCCGACGGGAAAUUUCCUGAAACCACACUCCUGAGCUCCACCAUGCUCGAAGCGAUCGGAGGACAGUCGGCAUCAGCAGACUGGGUCUUGACGAAAUUCGAACCCACCCCCAAGAUCUCAAGCUAUCUCGUUGCGUGGGCCAAUGGUCCUUUCUGUUCAAAAGAAAGCCAUUAUAUUAGUCCACUGACUAAUAAGAAAAUUCCACUCCGAGUAUUUGCCACCGCUGAACAUGCUCAUCAAACUCAAUUAUUACUGGACACUACUGCAAGGAUCCUUCCAGUCUACGAGAAGAUAUUCGAUAUUCCUUAUCCUCUUUCUAAACUCGACACGUUGGUCGCCUCUGACUUCGACGCUGGGGCAAUGGAGAAUUGGGGUCUCAUUACCUGUCGAACCUCGGUAGGUUUAUUUGAUGAUGCUUCUGGGAUUGCGGCGCAAAAAAGAGUAGUCACUGUGCAAAGCCACGAGGUUGCGCACCAAUGGUUCGGUAACAUAGUGACGAUGAGUUGGUGGCAAGAGUUGUGGUUGAAUGAGGCCUUUGCUACGUUGAUGGGUGAACUUGUCAUCAUCUCAGAAGUGGAACCUAAUUGGCACGCUGAGGACGACUUUAUUAAUGCCCAUCUAUCAAGAGCCCUUGAACUUGAUGGUAAAAGAUCAUCUCAUGCCGUUGAAGUCCCUUGUCCGAAUCCGGAAAUGAUCAAUCAAAUAUUCGAUGCGAUUUCAUACUCCAAGGGAGCUUCUAUUUUGAAGAUGUUGGCAAACUUUGUUGGAAAGGAGAAGUUUCUACAUGGAGUUUCACUUUAUCUCAAGGCGCAUCUGUAUGGAAACGGAACAACAAAAGAUCUCUGGGCGGGCAUUUCGAAAUCAACCGGCCAAGAUAUCAACAAGAUCAUGAGCAACUGGACUGGCAAGGUCGGCUUUCCCGUUUUAACAGUGGUCGAAGAGGCAGAUGGAUUAAAAGUCUCUCAAAAGAGAUUUUUGUCCACUGGUGAUCCCAAACCCGAAGAGGAUGAAACCUUGUGGUUUGUCCCAUUGGAAAUCAAAGUGGUUGAUGGAUCAGGUACCGUCACCGUGAAGCACGAUGUGCUUGACUGCCAACGAGAAGCGAAGAUCGCUCUUCCAAGCCCUCAAUCAACCUGUUAUAAGUUGAACGCCGAUACUUGCGGAGUUUAUCGAGUCUGUUAUCCAGCUGAGCGGUUGCAAAAGUUGGGCCAGGAGAUUUCCAAGGCCGCUUCUGUCUUCACCGUAGCGGACAAGAUGGGCUUGAUCCAAGAUGCGAUCGUGCUGGCACAAGCCGGUUACUCGACCACUCCGAGUGCGCUUGAUAUCCUCUUCCCACUAGGGGGAGAAAGAAAUUAUUUGGUUUGGUCGGAGAUCACCUCAGCCCUAGACUCGGUUUCCGCUAUCUUGUGGGAAGAGGAUCAACAAGUGAUCGAUGGAUUUAAUAAAUUCCAACGACAAUUAGUCUCCUCCUUGGCCGCGGAAAUUGGCUUUGACACGCUCCCCACUGACGAUCAAGACCGCAUUCAAUUGAGGGUGUUGAUUUUGGGCGCGGCGGCACGAGCUGAGGAUCCAAAAGUUUUGAAGGAGAUCCAAAGCCGAUUUUCGAAAUUUAUGGAGAACCCAAGUGGUGCGAAAUCGUUGAUUCCAGCCGACUUACGCAAGCUUGUCUUCACCUAUGCGACGAAACAAGGGGGCGAAAAGGAGUACGAGGCCAUCUUGGACGUUUACCACAAACCCAGCAAUCCCUCCGAUAAGAUCGCCGCCAUGGCGGCCUUGUGUUCUUCCGAGGAUCCCCAGCUCAUCUCUCGUACCUUUGAUUUUAUCCUCAAUGGAGAGGUCAAAGAGCAAGAUUUUAUGUACUUCUUUGCGGGUUUAGCGAGCAAUCGAGUUUCUCGUAGAGACAUGUACAAAUUUGUACAAAAGAAUCUCGACCAGCUUUUGGUCAGGUUCAAGGGGAACUUCUCCAUCGGUCGGUUAAUCCAAUACUCCUUUGACCGAUUCACGACCGAAGCCGACCGUCAAUCGGUGAUUGAAUUCUUCAAGGAUAAGGAUACUUCGAACUAUCAAUCGGCUCUCGCUCAAGGUCUUGAUACCGUCAAGAGCAAAGCCGCCUGGCUCAGUCGGGACAAACAAAAUAUCAUCGACUGGUUGAAGAGCAAACAGUUCUUGUAG